AGCGCCCUUCACUUCACAUGGGAUGCUCCUGACACACUGCACCAAUGCUCAGAGGUGCUACCACCUCAGGAAUGUACAUGGACAGGAAAUAAAAACCCAGACACACAGACAGCUCCAAGUCUCGAAGCCAGCACCCUAUUGGGAAGGAACAGCAGUAAUCAAUGGAGAGUUUAAAGAGCUGAAAUUAACAGAUUACCACGGAAAAUAUCUUGUCUUCUUCUUCUACCCUCUUGACUUCACGUUUGUGUGUCCAACUGAGAUCAUCGCCUUCAGUGACCGAAUUGAAGAGUUUAGAAGAAUAAACACCGAAGUGGUGGCAUGUUCAGUUGACUCUCAGUUCACACACUUAGCAUGGAUUAAUACUCCACGAAAACAAGGAGGACUUGGGCCAUUGAAGAUCCCACUUCUUUCAGAUUUGACACACCAGAUUUCAAAAGAUUAUGGAGUAUAUCUGGAGGACCAAGGGCACACUCUUAGAGGCCUCUUCAUUAUUGAUGAUAAGAGGGUCCUUCGACAGAUCACAAUGAAUGACCUUCCUGUUGGCAGAUCAGUGGAUGAAACACUUCGUUUGGUACAAGCAUUCCAGUACACCGAUAAACAUGGAGAAGUUUGCCCUGCUGGUUGGAAGCCUGGCAGUGAAACUAUCAAACCUGAAGAAGCCAUGAGAGCCUGGUGGCCAAGAGAAGAGCUAUAAUCCCAGAUCCUGCUGGAAAACUGAAGUAUUUUGAUAAACUAAACUGAAAUUUGCUUCUCCUGAGCUACACAAAUUACAUACAACUUUAAAAAGCUGCCAAUAAAGUUUCAUUAAUUUUGUUAUA